AUGAGCAUGGACUGGUACACGAUAAGAGCAUGGGAGCAGAUAUCCUAUCUGUGCCCACAGUCAAGCCAGGAUCACGUUCGGGAAGUGUGGAAUCUGAUCCUCAAACCUGUCUUCCCCCCUGUAUCGAUUGGUGGUAAGUCUUUCACCGUGACGAACGAAGACAACCGAGACAGAUUUCCCCAGAUUGCCGUUACUAAUCUGAGUGGUCGAUUUGAGACCCUCCCACUAUUCAAGGUCUAUUGCAUCGGAUUUGCUGACCCUGACACGGAUAUGUGGAAGGCCUUGGAAGAUGCAGUUCAGCUCGAUCUACUUGAGGCGUCCAGUCUCUUUGAGGGAAAACCUCCAGCAAGUCUUUUCGCAGCUAUUGCAAUUGGCCCGCUGGUACGUUUUUACAGGCUGGACGAGGAGGGUUAUUUCUGCUAUGUCGAGUACUGCGAUAGAGAUGCGUAUAGCGUUCACCAGGAUUUUGAUGUUAUUGUUGAACAUCUGCUCCAGAUUCAGGGGGCUAUGGCGUGA